GUGCAGCGCCAUAUUUAAUACAUCAGACGCGCUAACGUUAGCUGUUUACAAGCUCCCAAACUUUCAAGCUGAACCCUAAACCCACAAAUUAAUCCAACAUGAAUGUAAUAGAUCAUGUGCGGGACAUGGCGGCCGCCGGCCUUCACUCUAACGUCCGGAUAUUGAGCAGUUUGUUGCUGACGAUGAGUAAUAACAAUCCAGAGCUGUUCUCACCGGCCCAGAAGUACCAGCUGUUGGUUUACCAUGCUGACGCAAUCUUCCAUGAUAAAGAAUACCGUAAUGCUGCCUGCAAAUACAGUAUGGCAUUGCAACAAAAGAAGGUGCUCAGCAAAACGUCUAAAGUCCGUACGUCUGCUGGCGGAGCUGCAUCGAGCAUACAGGCACAGAGCCUGCCAUCAGAGAUUGAGGUCAAAUACAAGAUAGCUGAAUGCUACACCAUUUUGAAACUGGACAAAGAUGCCAUAGCGGUGCUUGAUGGGAUUCCAUCCAGACAAAGGACUCCAAAGAUCAACAUGAUGUUAGCUAACCUGUACAGAAAAGCCGGUCAAGAACGUUCUGCAGUGACGAGCUACAAAGAGGUGCUCAGACAGUGUCCCCUCGCCCUGGAUGCAAUCAUUGGUCUUCUGUCAUUAUCAGUCAAAGGGGCUGAAGUGGCGUCCAUGACCAUGGAUGUGAUCCAGAGUAUCCCCAACCUGGACUGGCUCUCUGUCUGGGUCAAAGCGUACGCCUUCAUUCAUGCAGGGGACAACCAGAGAGCCAUCAACACCAUCUGCUCUCUUGAGAAGAAGUCUCUGUUGCGGGAUAACGUGGACCUCCUGGUGAGCCUGGCUGACGUCUACUUCAGGGCUGGUGACACCAAGAACGCCAUCCUUAAGUUUGAACAGGCCCAGAUGCUCGAUCCGUACCUCAUCAAAGGAAUGGAUGUCUAUGGCUACCUGAUGGCCCGUGAAGGACACUUGGAGGAUGUGGAAGUCCUCGGUGGGCGAUUGUUUAAUAUUUCAGACCAGCAUGCAGAACCCUGGGUGAUCUCUGGUUGUCACAGCUUUUACAGCAAGCGCUACUCCCGAGCCCUCUACCUGGGAGCCAAGGCCAUCCAGCUGAACAGCAACAGUGUGCAGGCCCUCCUCCUUAAGGGGGCAGCACUGAGAAACAUGGGGCGCGUUCAAGAGGCCAUCAUCCACUUCAGAGAGGCUAUGCGCCUGGCCCCCUGCCGACUCGACUGCUAUGAAGGACUCAUCGACUGUUACCUGGCAUCCAAUGGGAUUCGAGAAGCCAUGGGGAUGGCCAAUAACAUUUAUAAAACCCUGGGGGCCAACGCACAGACUCUGACCAUCCUCGCCACGGUGUGCCUGGAAGACCCCGUGACUCAGGAGAAAGCCAAAACCCUGCUGGACAAAGCCCUCGCCCAGAGACCGGACUACACCAAAGCCGUGGUCAAAAAGGCUGAACUGCUCAGUCGGGAGCAGAAAUAUGAAGAAGGGAUCGCUCUCCUUCGGAACGCCCUGGCCAAUCAGAGUGACUGUGUCCUGCACAGGAUGCUGGGAGAUUUCUUGGUGGCCGUCAAUGAUUACCAAGAAGCCAUGGAUCAGUACAGUAUAGCGCUAAGCCUGGAUCCAAAUGACCAGAAGUCUUUAGAAGGCAUGCAGAAGAUGGAGAAGGAAGAAAGUCCCACGGAUGCCACCGUGGAGCUGGACGGUGAUGAUAUGGAGGGCAGUGGAGAGGACGGAGACUUGGAGGGCAGCGACAGUGAAGCGGCACAGUGGGCCGAUCAGGAACAGUGGUUUGGCAUGCAGUGACCUCAGCCUCCGAGGGACGCUCGCUCUGAUCCCUCUCCUGACACACUGCGGCCUGUGUGAAGAAUUCAGCCUUAAGGGCUUAAAAAAAAAAAGCAGGACUAAGAUGUUUUCCAAACAUCCUGACAUCAUAAAUCAAAACACUUCACUGCGGCGCUAAUCAAGGCCAGUGCGCUCAUCUCUGUCACUCAGAAGUCUCCGGGGGAUCAGCAGACACAGAACACGGAGAGAAGUUGCCCACGACUGCUCAGUGUUUGUACAAAAAAAACUUGUCAUUCAAGGAACUUUGACUAUUA